AGAACAAUAAUAAUUUAGUGUCAAAAUGACUCUCCCAGUGAACAGACGUGUUGUCGGAUUAUUUAUUAAUUUAUUUAUAUUUUUACAAACAACAAGUGGACAGUACCAAAUACCUGAUGUGACUAUAAGUGCGUUAAAACCGCGAGGAUUUCGCGCCUCAAUACCAGAUGCACCAAACGUUAGUCUGUUCGUCUUCCAAGGGAAUGUGAAUCGUCCUAUAGGCAGUACUGAUGUUGGGACCAUUUCUGGAGAAGUGCUCCAACCGAAGGAUGGAUGGUGGACGGUGGAAGAACCAGGCAUAGAGCUGAAGAUCGGGGAUGUUAUUAAUUACUACGUGGUGGUUACCGCAGACAGAGCUGGUUAUAUUAAGGAUAAACUUAGCUAUACUGUUACAGCUCUUGAAGACCGGACACUAACACCCAACACCCCUCCACCGCCUCCACCGCUUCGGCCAACACCAUCCCCCCCAGAAUGCAGACCAACAGCGACCCUAGUCCAGGGCGGUACCGCGUGCGCAGGCCAAACCAUAUUCGAAGAAAAUUUCGACAAUUUCCGAGAUGACAUCUGGCAGAUUGAACAAUAUUUACCGUCUUCGCCGAACUUCCCAUUCGUCUCCUACCAGCGCCUGAGUUCAGACCCGACCGUGUCGGUGUCAAACGGGGAGCUGCGCAUAGCUCUCAACCUACAGCAGCGUGUGCCAGGGUUCAACGCAGACUCCAUCUUCACUGGAUCCCUCAAUCUUUACAGUGGAUGCACGUCCCCAGCCGCCGAGGCGUGUAUGAAGCAAGCCUCUGGCGCCGACAUCCUGCCUCCCAUCGUUAGCGGCAGAAUCAUCUCCAAAGGUUUCGCCUUCACCUAUGGAACUGUCACCAUAAGGGCUAAACUGCCGCAGGGAGACUGGAUUUACCCAGAAAUGCUCCUGGAACCAAUUCGGAACAAAUACGGCAGCCCCCACUACAGCUCUGGGGUGCUACAAAUAGCAUCAGCCCGUGGCAACAAGGUGCUCAGCAGUGGAACUACUGAUUACUCUAAUAAGGUUCUGUUCGGUGGUCCCAUAAUGGACCUGCAGUGCCACGACACAUUACUGAGCAGUAGAACACUCACCAACGACAACUGGGGAGACAGUUACCACGAAUACUCCGUCCGAUGGGCACCAGAUCGGAUAACACUAUCAGUGGACGGAGUAGAGUGGGCCCGCGUGGAGCCCACAGCGAGUGGGCUGCGCGGCCGCUUCCCUGCGCAGUGCACACAACUCCCGCGCAACUUGCUGCAGUUCGGAUCCAAGAUGGCGCCCUUUGAUGAUUAUUUCUACAUCACGCUAGGAAUGGGUGCAGGAAGCAUCACCGAGUUCCCUGAUGGAGUCAAGACAGUCAACGACCGUCCCAAGCCAUGGAGCAACCCUGGGAGGAAGGCCCUCCUCAACUUCUGGCAAGACAUGGACUCCUGGCUUUCAACCUGGAACCAGCCCCAACUCCUCGUGGACUAUGUGAAAGUCGUCGCUCUGUGAUAGUACUCGUAGUUUCUAUGGAACCAAAUAUUUUAAAUGAAUGAUCAAUAGCACUUAUGGUAGAACUUGUCAAUAGGAAUAUUUGUGCUAUAUCGAAUCGGGUAUUUUUUUGUUAGUUUUUUUAACCGUUACCCCACACUAAGAUUUCCUCCUGUGUGCGUUUAAAAACAUAGAAGUUCACAUACACAUGACACCCAGACCCGAAAAAACAAUUUGCGGUUCACACAAAGUUGCUCCGUGCGGGAAUCGAAGCCACCGCGCCCAACUGUACAGUCAAAAAUAUGAUGAUACCAAACUUAUUGGUUACUUACAUAAGUGUGAGAUUCGUAUACGAAUGGUACUACCUAAGUGAAAGUUUUAUUGAGGUAAAAAAAGAAGAGAAUUAAACCAUUUCAAACAAUAUGACACUGCAGAUAAUGAGCUGACUUGAUGCCUAAAUACUUAAUGCGAAGUUAGGAUCAAAUAUGUACUAGAAAAACUAAAUAAAUAUUUAAAUAUAAAUAAAUAAUUUCUAAUAUAAGUGUAGAUGGAAUUUAUAAGACUGCUAAUGAAAUUGUCUAGAUUGUAUGAUAGCUAUUGUAUCAAUUAUGAGUGCGGCUGUCUUGUACGUGAGUCAUUUUGUUUUAAAAUCCGCCAUCAUAUCGUUUACUUUUUAUUAAAGAAUUGUAAUAUAAUAAAUUGAUUUAAUAAAAA